GCUGGAUCCAUACACUCAGGUUCUUCAACAAUGUUCAACCAACAGUCGAUAUCCAGACCUCGAAAACAGCGGUUCCCCGGCAUGGACCGACGACGUGUGACCGGCUCAUCGUAUACUAGGGCCGAUCCAAUCGACGAAGAUUCUGUCUCUUCAGAAGAUGUUACAUCGCACUGUGACGUCAAACGCACUCGUUUCGGCUCGAUAUCAGCGCAUAGACCCUACCAACCAGCUAAGCAUUCCCACUCAGGAAUUCAAUCGAGAAACAUCAAUCAGCCUGGCAUCCGGGUGGACAAACGAGCCCGUGAUGAACACAACGAGCAGGAGCGAAGCAGACGUCGGGAACUGGCCGUAAUCUAUGAAUUGAUCCGCUGCAGUUUUUCUGAGGAUGACUUGCGCCAUCUUGAACCUUUUAACGGACCCAAGUCAGUUGACAAACUGUCAUAUCCUCAGGUGUUACAUGUGGCUCAUCACCUAUUGAAAGAAGAACAGCACAAUUUGAUAUUGCUUGAGCGCAGCCUGAACGACAUCAAACGAUUGGAAAAAGAAUUUGUAAACAUUGGUUUUUCAGUUCCCGAGCGGCCUAUAUUUCCUUCUGUUAUGGACAACUAUCGUACAGUUAUUCAGUUCGUUGACGAUUUGCUCAAACAGGAUAAGAGUGCCCGGACUUUGGAUGGAGUGUACGAAGUGAGCCCCGCACAGCGUGCUGCAUUGGGCAACCGGCAGCUUCAACUGCUGAGGCUUCGCCCACUUGCGCAAAGCAAUACUCAUCUCGACUGGCCCGAGACUUACCACCGGGACAAUGCGCAAGGCCUGAAACCUUUGACGCGUACGGAAUACCAGUGCCAUCGUCCCCGGUCCAAUGAGUUACCAACGGUCAGUUUAGAAAAAGAGGGGUACACGUCCGUGUGGAGCCGUGUCAGUGGGAAGUUGAAGCGACCUUCAACCCAAUUCAGGCAUGCAGAUUCUCGCUACCACAUCCAAGCGGGGCGCUUUACUUGCAGUUCGUCGCGCGACGAUUUUCCGGCCGUAAUCCCGUACAGCGUAGAUGAUUCAUGUUAUCGAUCGGACGCAGAUGAAGACACUGACUUGAUGCUUGAUUUGAUGUGACCUAUUUUUGUAUACACCUUGCAUUUCUCCUUCCUUUACAGCGCAUUCUGCCUUGUAUCCCGUUUUCGUGUUUGAUCACCACUAUUAUCACACUAAUGCUUACUUCCGACUCACAUACAAUCACGUUUGAUCCUCGCGUACUAUUUUUGUAAGCUCCUUUUACCUGAUGCCUUCGAUUCUUUCCAACGCACCGGACGCUGCUCCCUUUGUACAUAACCCGGCUUGAGUUUUCAGUUGCGAUUUUUUAUCCUACUCGCUUGAUAUAGUGUCUGCGCUUCUUUGCACUGUAAACCCGGCUUUGUACUCCCAUUUCAAACAUCACACUAUUGGAUAAUUUCUUAUCUUUU